AGUUAGGCGGUUGCUAUGAGCUCCCUCGAUGGGACCACCAGGAGACGUGGAGAUACCCCUAAACUUCGAUCGUCGGCGUAUCGGCCGUUGGCGGUACUGGCGGAUCCGAUCUUCCUCGAGAAGCGACAGCACAGGGAGAUGAAUCGGCUGUGGAGGGACAUUGUCAGAAAGGCUCGGCAAGAGAAAGCAGCCCAGGACUCUUCAAGGGAGUUCGGCUUUGGUGCUAUGACAAGCGACGCAGUAGGGGAAGACAUCCUUGGGAAUAGGGUGGUGACUACAGGGAGCAGUAUGGACGUGCUGGACUCCCUACCGCACCUGGGCUGCCCGGAGGCUUCCCCCGCUCCCAGUUCCUCGGAGGGCUCCAUCGAUGGUCGUUCCCUCCAAGCCGGGGACGUCAGCGAUCCUGGUGUUCAAUGCUCUCGUCCUCGGUUGUUCACUCCUGAGCGUCGACGCAGCCUAUCUCCGGUGAAGCUUCAAAAGCGGCCACGGACAGCGAGUAGGACUCCGGGCUCUCGAGCCGCUGAGAGAGUCGAGCGGCGAAGGGCAUCUCUUAGGUCCCCUGGGUUAUCCCUGGGCCUGCGGGAUUAUUGCGAGACCCCUGAGGAAAACUGGGGGAGCGCGAUGACGGGGCCUUCUGAGUCUACCGCUCAACCGGAAAAUAUCUUUUCGGCUACUGGUGAACCUCUGAGUAGCAUCUUCAUGUCACCACCAAAGCCAACAGGAGGAGGAGGAGGAGGAGGGAGUGGCUUGCUGGAUGGCAUCGAUGGUGAAAAAGAGCAUCAUCAUCAGCCGAUACGCCGUCGUGGCGGAAGAUGUUAGUCG